AUGUCUGACUUCAACUUACCCGCUUUUUUAACUUUCGAUUCCACUUCUUCAAUAUCUAAUCCUAUGUCUUUAGAAGUUCUCGAUCCUGUUUCUUCAGAAAUUCCCGAUUCUGUUUCUUCAAUUUUUGAUCUUCUAGAGGAAAACCUUCAUGAAAAUUUUAUGCGAUCUCUGCUAACUUUAUCAGUUAUUGAAUAUGUAGAAUGGGUAAUUUUUGCAUUUUUUCGUUUAAAAUCUUUAUAG